AGUCAGAGUUGGCAAUCCUAGUAAAGAUAUGAAAAUCUGGUCCAUAAUAAACACUCUGUUCUACUGAGACUUCUAAAUGGCAACUACUGUACAAACAUUUAUGUUUUUAUUAUGUAAUUAGUGGUUAACCUUGAAGAGUGACUCAUGCUUUUUGUUUCCCUCAGGCAUAAUCCUUGGAUUUUGUCUUCGACCAUACCAAAUGAGCUACCGGGAAGUCAAGUACUUUUCCUUUCCAGGAGAACUACUGAUGAGAAUGUUGCAGAUGCUGGUCCUACCACUCAUCGUAUCCAGUUUAGUUACAGGAACGGCUGCCCUGGAUAAUAAAGCAUCAGGAAAGAUGGGAAUGCGAGCAAUAGUCUACUACAUGAGUACUACAAUCAUUGCUGUAAUGAUUGGUAUAAUCAUUGUGGUCAUCAUCCACCCUGGGAAAGGUACAAAGGAAAAUAUGCACAGGGAAGGCAAAAUUAUGCAAGUGACAGCAGCAGAUGCUUUUCUUGAUUUGAUCAGAAACAUGUUCCCUCCAAACUUGGUGGAAGCCUGCUUUAAACAGUUUAAAACGAAUUAUGAGAAGAGAAAGUUUAGAGUAGCAAUUCUUCCCAAUGAAACAUCUGUUGUGGCUUCCGUAAUAAACAAUGUAUCAGAGGCAAUGGACACCCUAACUCGAAUGAAAGAGGAGGUGAUCCCUGUUCCAGGUGGCGUAAAUGGAGUGAAUGCCCUGGGACUGGUGGUCUUCUCAAUAAGUUUCGGAUUGGUGAUUGGGAACAUGAAGGAGCAAGGGAUGCCAUUAAGAAACUUCUUUGAUAGCCUUAAUGAAGCUAUCAUGAAAUUGGUAGCUCUGAUCAUGUGGUAUGCUCCACUUGGUAUCCUGUUCUUGAUUGCUGGGAAAAUUGUUGAGAUGGAAGAUAUGGGGGUGAUUGGUGGACAGCUUGCCAUGUACACUGUAACAGUUAUUAUUGGCUUGCUCAUUCAUGCUAUUAUUGUCCUACCACUGCUCUACUUCCUGGUUGUUCGUAAGAACCCUUGGGUAUUUAUUGGAGGACUCCUGCAGGCACUGAUCACAGCUUUGGGAACAUCUUCAAGUUCUGCCACCCUACCUAUAACAUUUAAAUGUCUAGAAGAGAAUAAUGGAGUGGAUAAGCGUAUUACAAGAUUUGUGCUCCCAGUGGGUGCUACUAUUAACAUGGAUGGGACUGCUUUAUAUGAGGCUUUGGCUGCAAUUUUCAUUGCACAGGUUAACAACUUUGAACUGAAUUUUGGGCAGAUUAUCACAAUCAGCAUCACAGCUACAGCUGCCAGUAUUGGGGCUGCAGGAAUUCCUCAGGCUGGACUCGUCACCAUGGUCAUUGUGUUGACAUCUGUUGGUUUGCCUACAGAGGACAUCACUCUUAUCAUUGCAGUGGACUGGUUCUUGGACCGUCUCCGUACCACUACAAAUGUCUUGGGUGACUCCAUUGGAGCAGGAAUUGUUGAACAUUUGUCACGACAUGAGCUGAAGAACAAGGAUGCUGAGAUGGGUAAUUCUGUGAUAGAGGAGAAUGAAAUGAAAAAACCCUACCAACUGAUCUCACAGGAAAAGGAAAAUGAAAGACCAUUAGACAGUGAAACCAAGAUGUAGGAUAGACCAGGGAAUGAUUCCAACACUGGAAGCGUGGGGAAUAUAUUUUCUACAACUAUUCAUAUCUUGUUUUCAAGAAGCCCAUUUAUAUCUCGAUUUCCCCCAUAAGAUAGCAUUGGAACUGAGUUGUUAAAAAAUGUUCUGAAUUAGCAGUGGCCAAAGUAUGUGUUUGCAUCCCCCUUUUAAAAAUUAACACGUUAUCAUGCUGGCCCUGCUAGAGAUGUGCUAAUUGUGCGGGGUGGGGAGAGGAAGAGGGAGAGUGUUUAUUAAAUCAUUUAGAAACAUACCAGUCAAACCAGCGUAUAUGUUACUCAGUCCUGUAAAUGUGACCUUUGUUAUAAGCUGGAAAGUCAAAACAGAUAAUACAACCUGAAAAGGUUUUUAUUUUUUUAAAUACCUAUUACCCAUUUGUUAACAUCAGUAAGCACACAAAUCAACAUUUUUAACUUGGCAACUGCACCUAAAUAAGCAAAUUAACAGGAUUGUUCCCCUCCCCCCGAAAUGUUACAUCUUUUUCCUGUUACAAGCAAGACAACAAAGGGAGGACUUUUACAUUUAAAAAGCAAAGAAAAACAAAAAGAGUAUAUAUUCAGGUUAACAAAAUACCCACGAUCAGCUCUUUUACCAGCUGAACUGAAACGUCAUUUCUGAUAAAGUGAUUUCUUGUUAGUAGGACACUUUAGUGUCAAUGGUGACCAGUUCUUAACAAGUGUUUAACACUUCAGCUCCCACUGACCAGUACACUUAUGCAUGUGUGUAUCUUCACUCACUUGAUUAGUCCCCUUAAUUUUAAUGCCACUGCUCUGAUGAGCAAUGUUACACAUAUGAGGGAUCAGGGCCCUAGAUUAUAUGCUCUUUAGCACAGGAAGUGUACUUCAUUUGUGCUUCAUUCAUAGCACACUGUGGAUACAUUCACAAUCUAUAAUACAUAAUACAAAUAGCAGAGAGGGCCAGCACUUUGCAAGAGGGUACUUCAUACCUGGCACAAAGUGUUCAGAACCUAACUGAAUGGGGCUCUAAAUCUGUAUUUAUAUUGCUGAAAUUGCAUUGCUAGAAGUCCUGUGACCAAGAGGUCACUUUCUAAAAGUGGAAAUCUAUCUGGUGUCAUUCUGUGAACAAAUAGUAAAAUUAUUAGCCAAAUACACCUUGUUUUAUACUGGGGAGAAAACUCCCCACUCCCAUUGUGAGGUUCCCAUAUCUUUGAGGGUUUACCAGCAGCAUCUCACAUAUAAAGAAUAAUCUUUUAGAAAGUAAAACUAAUGGGUGCUCUAUUAC